AUGGUGAUCCUGGCUUCUUCCAAUUUACCGUGUAAAUACUCGAUGGCUAUGGCGACACCCGCCUUCCCUGUUAAGAUGUUUCUUUGGGUUUUUCUAAUUGCUAAUCUUCCUUUAAGCUCCGUCCAAACUGAGAACGAUGAGGACGAGGUGUCCAAUAAGACCUGGGUCUUGACUCCUAAAGUGUAUGAGAGUGAUGUGACACAUAUCCUGAACAGCUUGCUCCAAGGCUAUGACAACAAGCUACGGCCUGACAUUGGAGUAAAACCAACGGUGAUUCAUACGGACAUGUUUGUCAACAGCAUCGGUCCAGUAAAUGCUAUCAAUAUGGAAUAUACCAUCGACAUCUUCUUCGCCCAGACCUGGUAUGACAGGCGGCUGAAAUUCAACAGCACCAUGAAAGUCUUGCGUCUCAACAGUAACAUGGUCGGAAAAAUCUGGAUCCCCGACACCUUCUUCCGCAACUCCAAGAAGGCCGACGCCCACUGGAUCACCACACCCAAUCGCAUGCUGCGUAUCUGGAACGAUGGGCGGAUCCUCUAUACUCUCAGGUUGACUAUUGAUGCUGAGUGCCAGCUUAAACUGUAUAACUUUCCAAUGGAUGAACAUUCCUGUCCCCUGGAGUUCUCAAGCUAUGGCUAUCCUAAGGAGGAGAUUGUUUACAAGUGGAAGAGGAGCUCUGUUGAGGUUGGAGACAUCCGCUCCUGGAGGCUUUACCAGUUUUCAUUUGUGGGCCUGAGGAACACAUCCGAGAUCGUCAGGACCGUGUCAGGAGACUACGUGGUGUUGACGGUUUUCUUUGACCUGAGCAGAAGGAUGGGUUACUUCACGAUUCAGACCUACAUCCCCUGCACACUCAUUGUAGUCCUUUCCUGGGUCUCUUUCUGGAUCAACAAGGAUGCUGUACCAGCCAGGACCUCCUUAGGAAUCACCACUGUCCUGACCAUGACCACACUGAGUACCAUUGCCAGGAAGUCCCUGCCGAAGGUGUCCUAUGUGACCGCCAUGGACCUGUUUGUGUCCGUAUGUUUCAUCUUUGUGUUUGCCGCCCUGAUUGAGUAUGGAACACUGCACUACUUUGUCAGCAACCGGAAGCCCAACAAAAAUAAAGACAAGAAGAAGAAAAACCCUCUCCUCCGGUUCUUUGCCUCAAAGGCACCCACAGUGGACAUCCGCCCACGUUCCGCGGCUGCAAUCCAGAUGAACAAUGCUACCCACAUGCAGGAGCGCGAUGAGGAGUAUGGGUAUGAGUGUCUGGACGGAAAGGACUGCACCAGCUUCUUCUGCUGUUUUGAGGACUGUCGUUCAGGUGCUUGGAGACAUGGACGCUUACACAUCCGCAUCGCCAAGAUAGACUCGUAUGCCCGCAUCUUCUUUCCCACUGCAUUUGGUCUCUUUAACCUGGUGUAUUGGGUCUCUUAUCUCUAUCUAUAG